UCGGGGAGGAGGAAUGAUAAGAAAAUAUAUAUUUUCUGUAAGUUCUGUUAGUUUCGGGAACAGGGGUUUUCGGUUUACCAGUCAUACCUUGGUAUCUUGUCCCACAUAAGACAACUUGACAGAACCUUCUUUCUGGCCAUUAUGUUCAACUUAUUUUUCUCUUAAUCAUUCUUGAAAAUCAUGGAAGUAGUGUGGAAAAUUGAUUGUACCUGCAGUAUAGCAAAAAAUCCCAGUCUAGAUAGGUAAGCAGUUAUGUUUCUCCAUGAGCUGAUGUCUUAAAACAUCUAGAUUUUAGGAAUUUAGUGUUGUGUUUUCUAAACAUACAUCUUACAGCAUACAGAUAACAUCGUGAUAGAAUAAAGGAAUCUUUUGAUUUAGCACCAAAUUCCAUAAAGCAAUGACUACUGCACAGCUCUCUUGGCCAUAUGAAUAGCCGGAAUUAUAUUUCACUCUUUUAAAGAAAUAAUGAAAGCACUUAAGGUUAAAGCAGAGCCCAUGGGAAAAGUUUGCUGUGGUGUUUCUCUUUGGUUUCUUGUGCUCUUUCUAGAGAAUGACUUUAAGAAGUCAGGACAGUCAGGUGGUCAGUGUGGUCAGGCACACAUGAGCAGAUGGUUAAGCAAUGUGCUAGGGCCCCAUAGGCCACUGAGCCCAGCUGAAGAGGAGAGGCUAGCCAGUGAGCCUGAUUGAAGAGCAGAGGCUAUCCAGUGAGCCUGAAUGAAGAGCAAGGCUAGCCAGUGAGCCUGACUGAAGAGCAGAGGCUAGCCAGUGAGCCUGAAUGAAGAGCAGAGGCUAGCCAGUGAGCCUGACUGAAGAGCAGAGGCUAGCCACUGAGCCUGACUGAAGCGCAGAGGCUAGCCAGUGAGCCUGACUGAAGAGCAGAGGCUAGCCAGUGAGCCUGACUGAAGAGCAGAGUCUAGCCAGUGAGCCUGACUGAAGAGCACAGGCUAGCCACUGAGCCUGACUGAAGAGCAGAGGCUAGCCAGUGAGCCUGACUGAAGAGCAGAGCCUAGCCAGUGAACCAGGCUGAAGAGCAGAGGCUAGCCACUGAGCCAGGUUGAAGGCUGAAGAGCAGUGAUUUUAACAUUUAUUUCUAAGUUCUUCAGUUUUCCUAAAUGACAAAAGUUUGCCUCCAUAAAGUUUGACUUAGAAGGUUCUUCUUGCUCUCUUCUUCUUAUCUCCUUUCCUCUUGCUCUUAUGACACAAUAAUUUCCUUUCUCUCAAUGCCUUACUCUCAACACUAUGCCUUUACUUCUAAGUUCUUCUUCAGUUCUGUUCUGUUCUGUUCAGUUCUGUCUAAAAAGCUUUCUCUCUCUUUGUCCUCAACAUUUGUAUAUCUCUCUGAAAACAGCAUCACAUGGUGAAAAGUUCACCACAAGUUUGCACAGGAAUUCAAAUCAUAAGUUGGAUAAUAAGUUUACGACAGAGAAUGUUUACAUGCAUAUCCAUGAAGAGUAAUCAUCAGGAUAAACCGUUACCAUCUGUCACUAGCUCUCCACAUUCAUGAUGAGUUAAAAGGUGUAAUUUUUAUGAGAAAAGAAUAAGUGAAAUUACCUAUAGGCAAAUCCAAUCAAUUAUUUAUGUUCAGUCCUUGCAUCUAUAGUAAAUCAUUAGUUCUCUUUUUAUUAACUUUGGUUAAUUGGUUUAUACCCUCUUAGCAUGGGUUCUAAUUUGUAGAUGCCUCCUUGGUAUUGCAGAAGCAAUUCACUCAUGAAACUUUAAGAAGGAAGAGUUCUCAAUGCAAUUUUGAUUACCAGAGAAAACAUAAUAGCAGUCCCAUUAUAAAGGAGCUUAAAAUUACUAAUCUAAUUUUAGGAAUUCUUAUAGAACCAUCAUAAGAAUUAAGAAAUCAUCUAUUUGUCUGUACAUCAUCAUGCCAAGACAAUACAUCUUCGUUGCUCUGUGGUGAUCUGCUCAAAAGAGUGGGGUAAAGAGCAUGACAAAUACAGAGGCAGAUACUUGCAGCCAACCAUUCAGCUGAGAGCAGGGUCCCCCACAAUGGAGGAGUAAGAGAAAGGAUUGAGGGAGCUGAAGGGGUUUACAGCCCCAUAAGAACAACACUAAGAAAGACCCAGAGCUCCCAGGACCGAAACCACCAUCCAAAGAGUACACAUGGACAGACCCAUGGCUACAGCUGCAUAUGUAGAAGAGGAUGGCCUUCUUGGGCACAAAUGGGAGGAGAAGCCCUUGGUCUUGUAAAGGCUUGAUGCCCCAGUGUAGGGGAAACCAGAACAGGGAGGCAGGUAGGCCUGGGUGUUUGGGUGGAUGUCGUAACACCCUCACAGUAGAAGGGGGAGGGGGUUUUAUAAGGGGUUUUGUGGAAACCAGGAAAACGGAUAAUGUUUGAAAUGUAACAAAAGCCCUCUCUGGGGAAUGGAAAGCGGAUAAGGUGCUCUGAGCCCCUACUUCCCUGCUGCCUCCCUUUGAUCACGACUGCGGUGCAUGGUGUCAGCCUGGGACUCUCCAUGGGCUGCUGCUGGCACUGGUCCUGGCGUUCCUGGCCAAGAGCAUGAUGAGCAAGGAGCACAUGGUUUGUCCUGAUUCAGAGCAGGGCGAGUGGCCACCAGGGAAUAAGCACAGCUUCCUGUACGAUCAUGAGGUCUUCCUGGGCAAGGAGGACUCCAAGACCUUUGAUAGCUAAGCCUGGACAAGAGCAGGAGAGGCUGGGGAAAAUUGUUGAUCCAAUUGACAGUGAUGAAUGCGGCCUUGUUACUACUGAGGACCUGAAAGUUUGGAUCAAACAGGUACAGAAAAGAUACAUCAACCAAAAUGUGGCUAAACUCUGGAAGGAUUAUGAUGGGGACAUAGAUGAAAAAUCUCUUGGGAAGAAUACAAGCAGGCUACCUAUGGCUACUACCUGGGAAACCUUGCUGAAUUCCAAGAUAGCUCUGAUCAUCACAACUGUAACAAGUUGCCUCCACGAGAUGAGAGGAGGUUUAAGGCCUUGAUGGUGACCUGACAGCUACUCAGGACGGGUUCAUUGCUUUUCUACACUAAGAGGAUUUAGAACAUAUGAAGGAUAUUGUAGUUCUGGAAACGCUGGAGAAUAUCGACAAGAACGGGGAUGGUUUUGUGGACCAGGAUGAGUACAUUGUGGACAUCUUUUUCUCACGAGGACAGUUGCCCUGAGACCGACUGGGUUUUGUCUGGGGAGCAGUUCAAUGAUUUCCCAGAUCUGAACAAGGAUGGGAAGCUGGACUAGGAUGAGAUUCGCCACUUGAUCCUCCCUCAGGACUAUGACCAUGCACAGGCUGAGGCCCGGCAUUUGGUGUAUGAGUCAGAUAAAACAAGAUGCUUACCAAGGUGUAGAUUUUAGACUACUGGACCAUGUUUUUGGGAAGCCAUGCCACCAAUUACAGGGAAGAUCUUACCAAAAAUCAUGAUGAUCUUUGAAAGAAACUCAUCCUCAUGUGGCCAACAGUCACAUGCUUUCUACGGAUAUUCUGGGUGAUUGCUAUAUUUGUCAAGUAUAUAGCAGUUGUGUCCCUAAACAAUAAGAAACCUUUCUAACGCUCAAAAAAAUCAUACAUUGCACCACAAACAAUAAUAGUAGGAGAUUUAAACACAACACUUUCAUCAAUGGACAGAUCAGGGAAACAAAUUAAACAGAGACAUAGAGAGACUAACAGGUUAUGAAACAAAUGGAUUUAACAUAUAUUUAUAGAACACUCCACCCUUAAACCAAAGGAUUUACCAUCUUCUCAGCAUCCCAUUGUACCUUCUCCAAAAUUGAACAUAUAAUCGGUCACAAAACGGGCCUCAACAGAUACAGGAAGAUAGAAAUAAUCCCAUGUCUCGUAUCAAAAAACCACGGACUAAGGCUGCUGAUCAAUAACAACAAAUAGGACAGAAAGCCCACAUAUACAUGGAAGUUGAAGUCAAUGACAACUUGGUCAUUGGAGACAUAAGAAAGAAAUUAAAGACUUCUUAGAAUUUAAUGAAAAUGAAGAUAAAACAUACCCAAACUUAUGGGACACAAUAAAAGCAGCGCUAAGAGGAAAACUCAUAGCUCUGUAUGCCUGCAAAAAGAAACAAGAGAGAGCAUAUGUCAGCAGCUUGACAGCACACCUCAAAGCUCUAGAAAAAAUUAAAUAAACCCUAGAGGAGUAGAAGGCAGGAAAUAAUCAAACUCAGGGCUGAAAUCAAACAAGAAGAAACAAAACCGAGUAUCAAAAGAAUCAGCAAACCCAGGAGCUGGUUCUUUGAGAAAAUCAACAAGAUACAUAAACGCUUAGCCAUAUUAACCAGAGGUCACAGAGAGUGUAUCCAAAUUAAUAAAAUCAGAAAUAAAAGGGAGACAUAACAACAAACUCUGAAGAAAUUAAAAAGACCUCAGAUCCUACUACAAAAACAUAUAUUCAACAAAACUGGAAAAUGUGGAGGAAAUGGACAAUUUUCUAUACAGAUACCAGGUACUACAGUUAAAUCAGGAACAAAUAAACCAUUGAAACAACCACAUAACUCAUAAAGUCAUAGAAACUGCUAUUAAACAUCACCCAUCCAAAAAGAGCCCAGGACCAGAUGGAUUUAGUGCAGAAUUCUAUCAGACCUUCAUAGAAGUCUUCAUACCAUUACUGUCCAAACUAUUCCGCAAAAUACAAACAGACAGAGCACUACCAAAUUCCUUCUAUGAAGCCACAAUUACUCUUAUACCUAAACCACACAAAGAUACAACAAAGAUAGAGAAAUUCAGACCUAUUUGAUUUAUGAAUAUUGAUGAAAAAUGCUCAAUAAAAUUCUUGCAAACUGAAUCCAAGAACACAUCCAAACAAUCAUCCAUCAUGAUCAAGUAGGCCUCAUGGCAAGGAUGCAGGGAUGGUUUGAUAUACGGAAGUCCAUCAAUGAAAUUCAUCAUAUAAACAAAGUCAAAACCACAUGAUCAUUUCAUUAGAUGCUGAGAAAUCAUUUGACAAAAUUCAUUACCCUUUCAUUAAUAAAGUCCUGGAAAGAUCAGGAAUUGAAGGCCUGAAUCUAAAUAUAGGAAAAUGCAAAAUACAUCAAACCUGUACCUAACAUCAAACUAAACUUAGAAUAUUGAAGGAAUCCCACUAAAAUCAGGGACUAGACAAGGCUGCCCACUCUUUCCCUAAUUAAGUACAAUACGGUACUUAACGUCCUAGCCAUAGCAAUCAAACAAUGAAAGUAGGUCAAAGGGAAAAAAUUAGAAGGGAUGAAGUCAAAACACUAAUAUUUGAAGAUGAUAUGAUAGUCCACUUAAGCAACACCAAAAUUCUACCAGAGAACUACUUAACCUGAUCAACAACUUCAGCAAACUGUCCGAGUAUAAAAUUAACCCAAACAAUUCAGUACUCUUCCUCUACUCAAAGGGUAAACAGGCUGAGAAAGAAAUUAGGGAAAUGACACCCUUCACAACAGUCCCAAAUACUAUAAAAUAACUUGCUGUUACUUGAACCAAGCAAGUAAAAAAUCUGUGUGACAAGAACUUCAAAUCUCUGAAGAAAUUGAAGAAGAUCUCAGAAGAUGGAAAGAUCUCCCAUGCUCAUAGAUUGGCAGGAUGAAUAUGGUAAAAAAUGACCAUUUUGCCAAAGGCAAUCUACAGAUUCAAUGCCAUCAGCAUCAAUAUUCCUACUCAAUUCUUUAUAAAGGUAGAAAGUGCAAUUUGCCGUCAUUUGGUAUACCAUAAAACUCAGGAUAGCAAAACUAUACUCAACAAUAAAAGACCUUCUGGGGAAUCACCAUCUCUGACCUCAAGCAGUAUUACAGAGCAAUAGUUUGUAUGGUAUUGGCAUACAGACAGGCCGAUCAGUGGAACAUAAUUGAAGACACAGAAGUGAACCCACACACCUAUGGUCAUUUGAUCUUUGACAAAGGAGGUAAAACAUCCAAUGGAAGAAAGAUAGUAUUUUUAACAAAUGGUGCUGAUUCAACUGGAGGUCAGCAUGUAGAAGAAUGCAAGUUGACCCAUUCUUAUUACCCUGUACAAAGCUUAAUCCAAGUGGAUCAAGGGCCUCCACAUCAAACCAGAUACACUAAAAUUAAUAGAAAAAAAGUAGGGAAGAGUCUCGAAGAUAUGAGCACUAAGGAAAAUUUCCUGAACAAAAUACCAAUGACUUAUGCUUUAAGAUCAAGAAUCGACAAAUGGGGGGAACCUCAUAAAACUGAAAAGCUUCUGUAAGGCAAAGGACAGUGUCAUUCACACAAAAAGGCAACCAACAGAUUGGGAAAGUAUUUUUACCAUUCCUGCAUCUGAUAGAGGGCUAAUAUCCAAAGUAUACAGAAAACACAAGAAGUUAGAGUACAGAGAGCCAAACACCCCUGUUAAUAAAUGGGGUACGGAGCUAAAGAAAACAUUCUCAGCUGAGGAAUAUCGAAUAGCUGAAAAGCACCUAAAGAAAUGCUCAACAUCCUUAGUCAUCAGGGAAGUGCAAAUGAAAACAACCCUAAGAAUCCACCUCACACCAGUCAGGAUGGCUAAGAUCAAAAACUCAGGUGACAACAGAGGCUGGGGAGGACGUGGAGAAAGAGAAACACUUGUCCAUUGUUGCUGGGAUUGCAAACUGGUACAAGCACUCUGGAAAUCAGUCUGAAGGUUCCUCAGAAAAUUGGAUAUUGUACUACCUGAGCACACAGCUAUACCUGUCCUGGGCAUAUACCCAAAAGAUUCUCCAACAUACAACAAACACAUAUGAUCCACUAUGUUCAUAGCAGCCUUAUUCAUAAUAGCCAGAAGCUGGAAUGAACCCAGAUGCCCUUCAACAGAGGAAUGGAUUUGAAAAAUGUGGUACAUCUACACAAAGGAGUACCACUCAGCUAUCAAAAACAAUGACUACAUUCAAUUCAUAGGCAAAUGGAAAGAACUAAAAAUGUCAUCCACAGGGAGGCAAUCCAAUCACAGAAAAACACACAUGGUAUGUUCUUGGGAGCAAUGGCCUCGAAUCACUCCAUUAUUGAUGUUAUUAUUAUGGUUAGCAUUAAGUAUGACUGGGUUCAUGGAAAAACCCAGCCAGCUGCAGAAGACUAAUACAAAUGUGGAGGUCAAGAUGAAUAAUCAUAUGAUAACGUGUGACGUUAAUAUACCCAAUGUCAUGACCUGUAACCUUUCUGAAAAACCAACAUCAUGCUGUCUAAUAGAUAUGACAAACCUGUGACCUUUUUGACUACCUGUCAACAUCAGCUGAUUCCCUGACCACAUGAAUAUUGUGUCCUUGGCGUGGGUAAAUGUUUCUUACUUCUCUCCCCUCUCUGUUACCCUUUUUAUGGUACAAAUUCAGCAUUGGGGAAAAAUAAAAUUGUCACCUUGAUCAGACUCUUCUCUUGGCAUCCUUCUUCAUAUCUCUUAUCCCUCAUUCUCUUCCAGAUUCUCAGCACCCCUCGUUGACAGUAUGUACUCAUUGAUAAGUGGAUAUUGACCAAAACCUCAAAUUACCCAAGAUGCAAUCUACAGAUCUCAGGAAACUCAAGAAGAAGGAUGACCAAAGUGCAGAUGCUCCCACUCCUUCUUAAAAUGGGAAACAAAAAUAUCCAUAGGAGGGUAUAUGGAGGCCAAAUCUAAAGCAGAGACCGAAAGAACAGCCAUUCAGAGUCUGCCCCACAUGGGGCCCAUAUAUAUACAUCCACCAAAACUAGGUUUUGGUAGGGAGGCAUCAUCCCAAAAUGUCAUCAUUAAGCAAGAGGAGUGUCUAAAGGAACUGGAGGAACUCAAAUUUGAAAUCCAGAAGUGUCAAUUCGAGAGGGAUGAACUUUAUCAAAUCCUGGAUCUUUAUAUCUAUGAUGAGUGGGACCACAGGCUGCAUGUCGAAUUGCCAGUCCUUCAAUCCGAACAUGAGAUGAGAAUGAUGGCUAUGCAAAUGAUGACCAACUCAAUAAGUGAUGCCAUGGAGAGGUACAAGGAGCUCAUACAAGUGAACAGUUCCUACCGCAUCAGGCAAUCCCAGCUCCUGCGUGAACAAGCUCAAUUGGAGAACAAUAUACAGAUUUUGCUGAAUGAGAAGAGAAAACUGCUGGUGGAGCAGACUGAACUGCCAGCAUCCUCUGUGGAGGCAAAGAGGCUCUGUGAAGAGGCCGGAAUGAACAUCUGUGACCCCAGAGCCAAGCAACAGCAGGUCUGAAAUUCUCCAGCAGAAACUCGAACAUGACACGGACCAGGACAAGAUCUCCCUUGGAGAGAAGAGCUACAGGAGGAGAACUAAGUGUGCACAGCAAAUACACCACUAUUGCGUCUCAUCUGUAGUGUCCAUAGCAAUUGUGGACUGCAUUUUCCUCCUUUAGUUUAACUUCUUUGGAUUGAAUAGGCCGUACUUUCACCUCAGCCUCUCCAACAAGUGUGCACUUUUUGAGGGACUCAGAGAAGUGCUGAUGCACAUCAAUCAAGAGCUGCUGGUCAUCCAGAAAGACUGUGCACGUUUAAAUUUGUACUUGUCCUGAUGGGUCAUCCAGAAGAGUUUCAUGGAGAUCAGUUCACAAUAUUGGAAAGUCUUUGUGACAAAGUCUGUAAUAUCAUUUAUACUCAGUAUUGGUAGGCUUUUUCCUUAAUACCCCCACUCCAACAAAACAGACCUACUUCCACUCCUCUUGAAAAGAUUAUUAUCAUCACUAACUGCUUGUCUACUAUGUCUCCAAGGCAAGCCACAGGCUAUAAGUCUAUUCUGCAAAAGGAGCAGCAAAAGAAUGCUUAGCGCAAUUCUUCUAUUUAAAGUUUGGUUAAUUUUUAAUUGUUUUGGUUAUUUGGUUUUCCUUCUAUUCAUUUGAAGACUUAUUAUUUAUCUGUUGUUGUUUUGUUCAUUUGCUUUUCUAUUUUGAUAAGGAUAUAGACUGUAUAUAUUGACUACCUGCAUCUGGUUAAUAUCAAGUAAAUUGGAUGUAUUCUGGUCAAUAAAGGAGUAAUCUCAAA